AUGCGGAUUCUGUCGCCGGAAAUCGCAAAGCGCUUCGAAGAUGAGUCUGAGUCUGACGACGAGUCAGACGACGCGGCUGAGAAGAGUGGGCAUCCCUUACAGUGGCUUGAUUUAUGUACACUUGUGGUGACAAUAGUGAUUCUCAUCGCUAUCGCACUUGGGUUCUUUGGCUGUCUGGACCUGUCUCAUCGCGUGGCCGUGUCAGGUGAGAGAACUUUGAGCCUUUCAAACUUCACCUCCGAGGCCCUAAAUGCCUUGAAGCAUGCACUGAGAGCAUCGGCUGGGGACUUGCGUCAUCAGCUUCCCACGGAGAUCGAUAACAUGAUCGAUGGCUGUGAGGUGAUUGAAACCAAGGCACGGGACUUGGUUCAACUGGCUGAAUCUGGGCAGAUUCUGCAGGGUACCGCGCAGGGAGCCUACAAGAAGCUGAUGCUGAUGCUUUAUGUGGCCUCACGAAUACUGCUUGAGGUCGAAGAAAGAAUAAAGUCCAUGCCCUGGGAGAAGAUCUCGAAGUAUAUGGCCUCCGCAACGAGCUCCAUGCGGCGGUUCGAAGCCGGUGCCCAGUUGUUGGCACCUCACCUGCCAGCGAGAACGCAAGAGGCAGUAUACCGGCUCACCAAUGCGACGGAUCGGCUGGAAGGGAUUACGCAGCAGAUGCAGUCUGCCCUACAGAUGCUGCGGCGCAUGGACGACAUGUGUGAGACCUUUACCGGUAAUGUGUCGGAGCUUGUCGCCAAGACGAUGAGCCCAAAUGCCCAAGCAAAGGUGGACUCACUGAUGAAAACUCAUGACCCCUUCAGCUUGCUUCACGAUGAAGCCAUGCCCGAAAUGAGCCAACUGGUCGAUGCCGGGGUGGUGAAGGGUUUCAACGAGCUGACAUCUUCGACGCAGUCCGCGUCCAAGCUCCUCUUUACCAAUAUCAACCACAUUACCCGGAUGCUGAGUGAGAAGCUCCACAGCCUGAAGGGCGGAACGGUUACACAAAUCUCCAUCUCGGUGGCCGAAGCCGCUGUAGACACCAAGGGAGAGUUUGCGUUCUUAGAGGUGGAGGUGCGGAAGGUCGGACGAACUACGAAGGAGUCAUUGGAUGAGCUCUCAUGGGUAUAUACCAUCUUGGGCGUUGUCAUGAUGGUGUGCGUCCUGGUGGUGCUAGCGCUGGCCAUAGCCUACCUCUUCAUGCUGCAGCGCUAUCAGGCAGCGGACAGCUCCCUCCUCGGAUCAGCCCCAGAGGGCUGGAAACGACACGCCCUGCGCGUAGCUCGUUGCUGCGCGCACUGCUGCGGCGCUUUAGCCAUGGAGAUUCUGCUGGAUGGCCUGGCCGUCCUCCUCUUUCUUCUGGCCCUGUCCUUUAGCAUGCUCUGCAGAUUCCAUCUCGCCGUCUACACAGCCUGUCAAGGCAAUGCGGCCUUGUUGCACAACUCGGCUUGUACCGAGGCCGUGGAAGAAUUCAGCGAGGCCCUGGAGAACUCAGACUUCUUUGCAGGACACAGCUGUGCCGGCGAGGGCAUCCUCCUGUGCAGAGAUGUGAGCGUGAGCAGUACGAAGUGGCCGGUCUUGGUCAUGUUUAUCCCCAUGGCAGGGUCGCU